AUGCCGCCAAAAGGGGCACACCAGAGAACAAUGUACAAAUCGGGCGGUAAAGUUUUGUAUGCGAUGCGGAAAACUGGACGUGUAUUCUCGCGAUUGCUGCCCCUACCAGGGAAACGCCGCGAGGACCGGCACGCGCUCCCAAAACCGGCCCGUGAACCCACAGGGAGCACCAACCCAAGUAAAGAACACUACCCCGACCAAUCCAGAGUCUCAGCCGAGCAUUUCCGGCCAAUAGCACUGAAGCCCGGCGAGAAACGUCCCUUGGCCGAGAUUGGACUCGGUGGUAUAAAAAUCCAUGCAUUAAUGGAUACUGGGGCAACCGCGUCUAUUGUCUCCCAACGAAUCUGGGAUUUCAUCCGCGAGAAUAGACUACAGACUAAACAUAACCCCACACCUAUACGGGGAUCGACAUUAGGGAAUCAAGUGAUUCUAUCAUCUGGUACAGUUUGGGUCAAUGUCCAGGAAAAUAAUCGCUCUUACGAGCUACCAUUUCAUGUCAUGCCAGCUUAUGCAAAUGAUAUGCUUCUCGGCGUAGAUAACCUAGCGAUAUUAGGGUAUCAGUUGCAACGCAGGGCAGAAUCUUUUAAUGCAUUGGAUAUGGAAUACGAUCUGGAGACUGCUCGACGAGAAAUAAAAACCUGGCUCAAACUAGACGAAGAAAUAGUUGACUUCAAACGUUUCCAUGAGGGAAAUCCCCCGGAACCUGACCAUGAAAAACCUGAACGCGAACAAAUUGACCGCGAAAACCCUGAACCAGAUUUAGAUGAAACCUUAGGACCGCGUCGUGUAACCCGAGCUAUGGCCAAAAAGGCAAAAUUAGCCUCUGCCGCCGAAGAACCGGGUUGA